AUGAAUAAUAUUUUGAAAUAUGCUAAAAAAAAAAACUCCAACCCAAAUGAAAUAACACAAGAAGAUGAUCAAACAACUGCAAAUUGCAUAAGCAUUAGUGACAUAAAUAUAAAUGACAUUGAAGAAAAUAUAAUCACUAGAAAUAACAAUGAAAAUAAUAAAAAAAAUGGCAAAAAAAUAGAAUAUUAUUUAUAUGACGUCGAAUCAUAUAAUAGUAAUGAUACAACCCUAAACAGUGUUAUAGAUUUAAACUCAAUCAAGUCACAUUAUUUACCAGAAAAUAAGAAGAAAAAUUUAAAAAAGAAUGCAAGUAAUUAUAUAAAAAAUCAUUUACAAAAAUAUAAAAAGAAAUAUAAAGUAUUACCUGAAGAGAAUUUAGAUCAUGAUACUAGUUAUGAAGAAUCAGUAAAAAAUGAUAAUAAUGAUUACGAUGCUUAUGAACUUAAAGAAAUAAAAAACGAUAAAAUAAAUAAUGAUUUUGCACCAUCACAAAAAAAAAAUUCGAAAAAAAAUUCAUUUAUAGAUAUAAUCAAAUUUAUUUUCUAUAUCUCCUGUAUAUUUACAUUCGGUUCAUUUGGUACAACUAUAACCAAAUAUAUAAUUUUUGUAAAAAAGUUUAACUAUACGCAAAUAGUUUCAACUCUCGAGUUUCUUGUGAUGUAUUUGAUACUUAAAACGUUCAUUUUUUUCGCAAAAAUUAAAAGUUCAACAAGCCUAACGAAGAGGCAGUACAUAAGAUAUAUAGUUUUAAUAUCCGCCCUUCUUGGUUUAAGUUCCAUAACAGGAAAUAGUUCUUAUUCAUAUCUGGAAAUUCCAGCUAUUUCGGUCAUUAAAUCGAGUUCCUUGGUUUUGAUAUAUUGCCUUUCUAUAAAAUAUGGCUUAAAGAAAUUUAAAUGUUCUCUGCUCAUAUCAAUUCUCACAAUUUUAAUGGGAGUCAUAAUGAGCAUUACGACAUUAAAAAUAGAUAGCCUAUUUGGAGUAUUCCUACUUAUUAUAUAUGUCAUUUCUGCAUCAUAUAAAUGGGUUUUUACCGACAUGCUGUUAAAAUCGACAUCGAUGAAAGCUCACGUAAUUUUAUUGCAUAUAUAUCAAAUAUCUAUGCUAAUUAUAGCUAUUCCGACGUUGUUAAUCGAUAUGCCGUGUCUUAUUAAUGAUUACAACAAUAACAUUUUGACAAUCGGUCAAAUAUUUGCAUCACUUGGUUUUGUAUCUCUCAGUGCAGUGAUGAACAUAUUUUUAAUUUUAGCAGAAUUUUCAUUGAUUUCUCAUACAUCCUCAGUAACGCUUAGUAUAAUUUGUAUAGGAAGAGAAGCUAUAAUUUUAAUUAUUGGAUCGAUAUUUUUUGGCGAAAAUAUUGAUCUAAAGUCGUCUAUUGGAAUUGGAAUUUCUAUGUUUGGUACUAUAUUAUAUGGAUGGGCUUCGAAUUGA